AUGUUUGAUAAAUCGGUUAAGCUUUAUGCUGAAUUAGCAGAAGUGGCUGUCAAUGGUUUUCUCAUUUCCAAAGAUUCUCCCGUCAUUGAACCUAUUAGGCUACACAAUGGAGCUGAAGAGAACAAAGAGGCACUUAGAAAAUCUAAAGGGGAAGAGGAUGAGGAUUUUCAGAUUCUCGAGUAUCAGGCACAGAAAGGGAAUGCUGCUGCUAUGUACAAAGUGGGACUCUUUUACUACUUUGGGCUACGUGGAUUGAGGCGUGACCAUUCUAAGGCACUUUCGUGGUUCUUGAAGGCAGUGGAGAAGGGAGAGCCUCGCUCCAUGGAGCUUCUCGGAGAGAUAUAUGCCAGGGGAGCCGGUGUUGAGAGGAACUAUACAAAAGCCUUUGAAUGGCUUACUCUAGCAUCUAAGCAUCACCUCUACUCUGCUUAUAAUGGGAUUGGUUAUUUGUAUGUCAAAGGCUAUGGAGUCGACAGCAAAAAUUACACUAAAGCAAAAGAGUAUUUUGAAAAGGCUGCUGAAAAUGACGAGGUUGGUGGCCAUUAUAACCUAGGUGUCAUGUUUCUCAAGGGGAUUGGAGUGAAAAGAGAUGUGCGGUUGGCAUGUAAAUAUUUUAUAGUGGCUGCCAACAAUGGUCAACCAAAGGCUUUCUACCAACUUGCAAAGAUUUUUCAUCUUGGUGUUGGCUUCAAGAAGAACGUUCCAUUGCAAUACAUGAAUAUUAAACAUAACACAGAUCUUCAAGUUGAGGAGUAUCACGGGGCUAAAGGAGUUGAUACAUGGAAUUUCGAGAGCUGUCAGAAGGAAGUUAAGGACAAUGAUGUAAUGGUUAUGACACCCCAGACUCUUUUGGAUGCCUUAAGAAAAGCAUUCCUGAGUAUAGAAACGAUAUGCUUGAUGGUUAUUGAUGAGUGUCAUCAAGCAUCAGGCAACCAUCCCUAUGCAAAGAUAAUGGUGGAAUUUUAUCAUCAAGCUAAUGUAAAGCCAAAGAUUUUUGGGAUGACAGCAUCACCAAUUGGUAAAAGAGGUAUUUCUUCUACUUUGGAUUGUAAGUAUCAGAUAUCAGACCUUGAAAACAUCUUGGAUUCUCGGAAAUAUACGGUUAAAGAUCGGACAGAGAUGGAUACAUGUAUCCCAUUCUUAGUUGGAUUGAAUUGCAUUGGUUACGGAUUGGCCGUGCUUGGGAUUAGCAAGGACGAAGGGAACUUGAAAGUACAAUUAGGGGUUGUAGGUUGCCUUCAGGUUGUUCCAGCAGGACUAAAGGUAGUUAAGCUUUUUGCUUCUACCAUAUGUUGGUCUAUGUUAUUAAACUCGGCUGUUUCGACCACUAUCACUGCACAAAACAGCAAAAUCAAGAAAACCUCGUCAAGCCGUGUCGUUCCAUCACAUAUAGGUGACUCGGCUGGAACGACUGUAAUAAUGGGAUUGGAUUUAAACAAUGCCACGUCAAAGCGGAUGCUCUGGCAAUGUCAGCCGUAA